AUGAUAAGAAUAACUUUGAUCUUUCUUUUGACUAUUCCAUCUAUCUACACUGAUACUGAAGCAACUCUAGGGCAAAGUCGAAUAUUCUAUGAACCUUUCAAUGCUCCACCUCUCAAUACAUCCGUUUGGAAUACAGGAUAUCCAUGGGGAUCAUAUUAUAAUCAUCGAGCUAAUACCAUUUCACGUCAAGCUAAAGUGACACAAGAAGGUUUCUUAAAUCUAACAGCUACACGCGAACGAUCCCUUAUACUUGGUUUAUCCACUGAAUAUGGUCCAAUUGAUUUAGAUUUUACUUCCGGUGCUGUAAAUACAAAUGGAAAAUUUUGUAUAAAAAAUGGCUACGUUGAAAUUAGUUUACAAGUACCCGCCGCUGAGAGUACUUGGCCAACAGUAUUUCUCGUACCAGAAGAUCAAGGUGCAAUACCAAUGCUUACUAUUAUGGAAGUAUUUAAUUCCCGGUCACAAUAUUCAUAUGGAUUGAAAUAUACAAAUAAUCAAGGUGAAGUAAAAGAAGAAAGUUUUGUAGCCUUGAAUAGUUCGACCAGUAAUGUUAUACAUCGAUAUGGGUUAGAUUGGGGUUACGAUCUAAUUACAUGGUAUUAUGAUGAUGUCUUGGUGAAUACAAUUACAAGAUCAGAUGAAUUACGUCAAGUUAAUAAUAUGUGUCUAGUAAUUGGUUUAGGCGUUGGAGGCAAGUCCAAGGAUACUCCUAUUAAUCCUGAAACCUAUCCAGCAAUAAUGAGCAUUGACCUGCUAGAAAUAUGGCAACCAAAUUAUGAUGGAUUUUAUCAGUUUCAAAAUGUUCAAACAGGUUUCUUAAUGGAAAUCGACAGUGCAUCGCAUAAUUGGGGAGCUCGAGUCUUUCAAUGGCCAGACAAUGGAGGUGAUUGGCAGAAAUGGCAUGUUCAAUAUGCAGGUCGUGGUCAAUAUCGUAUAAUUACAGCUCAUAGUCGUCUAGGCUUAGAUUCUGAAGAUUGGGGUACCAAUGAUGGUACAAAUUUAAUUCAAUGGCCUUACCAUGCUGGCGGUAAUCAAUUGUGGAGAGUACAACCCGUUCUUGGAAGUUCUCCAGAUGUAGUUCAACUUAUCAAUAUGUUUACUAUAACUAAUUCAAAUGCGGGAAAAUUAGUUUCAGUACCGACAAAUGAUAUUUCAGCUGGCGUACAAUUACAAUUAUGGACUGAUCAAAAUAGUGAUCUUCAAAAAUGGAAAAUGAUUCGUGUUUGA